AUGAGAAAGAGAAGCAAAAGCGCCAAAAAUCUAAAAAGCAAAUAUCUAUUGAGCAAGGGGUUACUAAAGAAGAAGUGUAAGCGCUCGUACAAGGUCAGGUUGAGGCAUCCCAUGCUGUUACUACUACUCCGGCUGAGCCGGAGCUCCCAGCUUCUCAAGCAGUCGUACGCCGCCAAUAUCGCUGCAGUGGUUGUAACGUUAUGGGGCAUAGAAUUAACCAAUGCCCUAGUCACCGGAUUCAUUGUCGGACAAGGAAAAAACGAGUCAGUGGUCACAAAGUACCCAAAAACAGCAAAAAGAGUUUCCUCUUUGUCUUCUCGAGAAUCUCUUACCGUCGUUGAGAGUAUAAAUGCCGAAGGGAGAGUCAUUCCACCGUUAAUUAUCCCAAAAGGCGAAAAACAUAUGGAGGAAUGGUAUCGACGUAUACAGGAUCCGGAGUGGCUUACUGCUCCUGCUUCAAAUGGAUUUAUCACGGAUGAGAUCGCAUUUGAAUGGCUUCAACAUUUUCAGCACUAUACAAAGCCAGAAUAUACGUUCGAAUGGCGAUUAUUAAUUAUGGAUAAUCAUACAACCCAUCUCACUAUACAGUUCGUUCAAUACUGUGAAAUUUAUCGCAUUCGAUUAUUCAGAUUUCCACCUCAUUCCACGCAUCUAUUACAACCACUCGAUGGAGUGCCUUUUCAGCAAUAUAAGCACGUUCAUGGAAGAGUGGUAAAUCAAGUUGCUCGGCUCGGAGGCUUCGAUUUCAACAAAAAUGACUUUUUUGAGGAAUUACGGGAUAUUCGAAUUCAAACCUUUACUCCGCGAAUUAUUCGCCACGGUUGGAAAGAUCGAGGGAUUUGGCCAUAUAAUCCUGAUAUCGUAUUGAGCAAAUUGCCUCACCCAGAUGAGGCAAUUAUUGAUGAUGGGAAUACAUUAAAAAUUUAUGGCGAGAUCGAUGACACUAUUCCCAGCUCACCAACAACGAAAUCAAUUUCUCCACCAUCAACGGUCACUGCGCUUCGUCGAUAUAUCAAUAAGAUAGAGAAAUCAAUCGAGGGUAUAAAGGAUAUUUUGGAGGAAUCAAAACCUGGCCUCGUACGCCGUAUAAAAGUCGUGAAUUCAAGCAGCCUCGCCAUAGCGGGAUUAGGUGAGCUUCACCGUGAGGAUUUUGCAAGGCUGCGCGACACAGCAAAACGCAAAAAUAACAAAAAAACCAAGCGUCAGGUAAAAGCCUCAGGCGCACUCUAUGUAAAAUAUGCGAAUCGCCUCAUAAAACGCCGCCAUAAUGGGGAUUUAUUGAGGAUUCAUAAACAGCACGUACUUGGGGUGCCGGAGGCGGAGGAUGCUGAGGCUCCAAGAGAGCCUCAAAACUUGGGUUUCUUCAUUGAUUCUACGGGUAAUAGGUAA